GUAAUCAAAUACAGCAUUAACAUUUUGGUCCUACCGCCCACUUUCCUACCACAGGAGUCAAUAAAUUCACCUUCGUACAAACUACCAUAAAUCUACCACUUUACUUCAAUCUUUUAACAAUAUAAAAAAUUAAAACACAUUGGCGAUGAAUACAACUUAAUAAAUCACAACCUUAACAGCCAUGAGCUUGCUUGAUUCCUCCGCAAGUUCCUCCGGAAAUGGAGCAAACGGAGUCGGAACGAGUUCAUUUUCGUCGAUAGAACCAAAGAUAAUUGUUGAAUUCCUUGCGUCCGUCCUUCAAAUAACUUUAGGAGCAACCAGACAUGACCUUGAGCAUACGGGCAGUCUCCUUUCCGAAGCCAGAUACCCUGAUACGGCUCAGCGAUGCACCAGAUUUGCCUCAGAGUCUCAAAUAGCAGUAAUAUAUGUACAGAAGGAUGUAGUUUCACAGAGGGAAGAGGAUUCUACAAAUGAACCAAGUAAGCACGCUGGUCAUUUGCUACUGGUGAAUGUUGAUUAACAUGGAUGCAGGCUCGAUUUUGUACAGCUACAGCUUAGCUUCCGAUAUAUCUUCCUCUCCUUCAACAACCGCCUCGGUGGCUUUUAUGAAAGGGCCGCAGCCUAUAGACUCUUCAAUACCCAUUUCUUCUCAAAUACAACUUAUUAAUUUACCUGGCGCAGCAUCACCGAACGAUACUACGAAUGGCCAGGCAGGAGCUACUAUUUUGCAUUCAUUUGUGCAUCUAGCGCUGGCGCCAUAUUUUGAUGCAUAUACAAAGACACAACAAACGGGGAAUGGGGGCCGAGGUAGACCGGAACUCGAGGCUAAAACUGGAGUUUCUGCUACCAAAAAGAAGUUGGCAGAGCUAGAGUUAGCUUUGCGACAUCUCCAGGAGAACGUUGACAUUCCAGACCUGACACUUCCGCUUCAUCCUAUGGUGCAGCAUGCACUUGAUGAGGCGGCUGCUCGUGGUGCCAAAGCGACAGUAGAGGCUAUUCCGGAAAGACUGAUGCAAGAUAGUACUUUCCUCAACAACCUGCAAUCUUUAGUAAACGGAUGGAUCAAGUCGAUACAAGCUAUUACAAAGAUGUCGCGAGAUCCUACAAGCGGUACUGCAUCACAGGAAAUUCAGUUUUGGCUCGCUAUGGAAUCGACACUUGAGCAUAUCGGUGCACAAUUAUCCAGCGAUGGAGUAAUGCUUACACUUGAGAUCCUAAGACAUGCCAAACGUUUCCAGGCCACUCUCAGUUUUACAUCCGAUACUGGACUGAAAGAGUCUACUGACAAGGUACAAAAGUACAACCAACUCAUGCGAGAUUUCCCUCUUGACGAAUUACUUUCGGCAACUUCAUUGCAAAAGGUUGGAGAUGCAUUGGGUCUCAUUUUUGGACACUUGAACAAGAAAUUGCGUAUUUGUCCAUACCCAGUUCGACGUGCCUUGCCACUGGUAGAAGCAAUUUCUGCGGAUCUUGACACUCGCCUCCACUCUCUACUUCAUGGCCGCUCAUUGAUGCAUUUGGAGUAUCGAGAUUUCAGAAAGUUGAUGUCCGUCGCCGAUUCUAUCUGGGCCAUUUGGGAUGAUAAUCUAAAGGAGUUUACUAAUGUUGCUCGAGAAGUGACACGUCGAAGAAACGAGAAAUUCAUGCCUAUCAAAAUAAUUGGAAAGCAUGCAGAGCUACAAGCACGGCUAAAAUAUGUGAGCACCUUUAGAGACAACCAUGAGCAACUACAGCGAACAAUAGUCAACGUUUUGGCACCCAAGGCUGGUGAGGACGCACCGGACGGUGGAGCCAAUGGAGUCGUUUUAGUCGAGGAGAUGGGUGAUGUCGACGCUGUUGAGGAAAUUAAGCAGGCUUGGGCUGCAUUGAACAAUGUAGAUAUGCUGGACGUUUCUCCUGAAGGAACCCAGCUGUGGAUCCAAGCGGAAAGUACCUAUAACGAGCGAACAUCGCGCGUCGAGAACUCAAUUAUUGCCCGUUUGCGAGAUCGAUUAGCCACUGCCAAGACAGCAAGUGAAAUGUUUCGAGUAUUUUCUAAAUUCAAUGCUCUAUUUGUCAGACCAAAGAUUCGUGGAGCCAUUACAGAAUAUCAAACACAACUUAUUGACAAUGUCAAACAUGAUAUCUCUUCCUUACACGAGCGAUUCAAGCAGCAAUACGGCCAUUCAGAAGCUCACGCCAUGGCACAGCUGAGAGAUUUGCCGCCGGUUUCAGGGGCGAUCAUUUGGGCUCGCCAAAUCGAGAAACAACUUAAUGGAUAUAUGAAAAAAGUUGAAGACGUACUUGGAACUGAAUGGGCACUUCAUGCCGAGGGACAAAAGCUUCUCAGUGAUAGUAAUCUCUUCCGCAACAAGUUGGACACUCGACCAAUCUUUGAGGCAUGGCUUCAUGAUGUGCAGCGGAAGCAUGUUACCAUUUCUGGAAGGCUUUUCAACAUCAAUAAGAUCCGCGCAGCAAACAAUGCAUUAGAGCUAGCUGUCAAUUUUGACCAUCAGGUCAUUGCGCUAUUUAAGGAAACACGAAACUUACAGUGGUUGAACUACCCCGUUCCUCAUCAGAUCAACAACAUAUCAAAAGAUGCAAAGCGCGUGUACCCCUACGCAGUCAGUCUCAUGGAAACCGUUCGGACAUUCACACAAACCAGUCGUCAGAUAGCUGAAAUGGCCGAUGUUCAAAUACUUCUCAGCGGUUAUCAGAACGAGGUCCAGGCCUUGAUUGCUCGUGGAGUUACCUUGAAGUGGGAGUCAUUCGUGCACUCGUACGACAUUCAUAUCAAACCUACGUACACUAAAGGCUCAAUCGAACCUGCCAUUGCCAAUAGAACCGAGAGCAAGCAUGUGCAAUUCGUCCGCGAAAUUGCUGCAUCAGUCGCUUUGUUACAAAGCAAGGCUGAAACUCUCGCCUCCAUAAAUGCAACAAUCCAAAAGACCUUGGCAGAGUUAGACAAGUGUCCUUAUGAGGUAGCUGCAUUCCAAGCUCGUUUGGAGACGAUACAGAUGGCAGUUGAUCAACUGAACCUCGAAAACUACGUCAACCUACCUUAUUGGGUCAAACAGAUGAACGAGCGUAUCAAGGUUACUCUUCUGAGGCGUUUACAACAAUCAAUUGAAGUGUGGAUUGAUACUUUCGAAGAUGGACGAUCCGAUGGUGUCAAUGAUGAUAGUCGCAGAAAACACUUCAGUAUUUUGACUGAGUCUCCGCCUGAGAACAAACCAUCCAUGAAACGGCUGGUUCAUGAAAUCUCCAUGCGCAACCAAGUCAUCUAUUUGGAUCCGCCUCUAGAAUAUGCCAGAGCUAGCUGGUUCUCUCAAUUACAUGAUUGGCUUGGUGUCGUAUGCCAUCUUCGUAAAGUCAAAGCUUCCCGAUAUGUCAUGACCCUAGGAACGACUAAGGAUCCAGAAGAGUUGUUUACUGAGCUUCCUCGAGAUUGUGGGGAUGAACUUCUAAGAGCGUACAAAUGCGUUGAAGCAAAACUGCACGAGAUUAGUCUCUACGUUGACAAAUGGCUACAAUUUCAAUCGCUAUGGGAUCUUCAAUCUGAUCUCGUAUAUGAAACCUUAGGUGAACAGCUGUCAAAGUGGCUCCAGCUUUUGCAAGAGAUUAGAAAGACUCGGUCUACUUUCGAUACAACUGAAGUGAGUCGAUCGUUCGGACAUCUUACCAUCGACUACGAUCAAGUCCAAACAAAGGUCAAUGCCAAGUAUGACCAGUGGCAACAUGAAAUCUUAAUCAAAUUUGGGAGUCGUCUUGGAAAUCGUGUUCGUGAAGUCUAUGCUGAGAUUGAGAAGGCAAGACGUGAUCUCGAAGUGCAGUCCUUGGAAGCAUCAUCUACAGCACAGGCUGUCCAAUUCAUCACCAUCGUGCAGACUUGCAAGCGAAGGGUAAAAGCAUGGGGUCCAGAAGUUGAAACUUUCAGACAAGGACAAACGACGCUCGUCCGACAAAGAUAUCAAUUUCCUACAGACUGGUUGGGAGUUGAGCAAAUUGACUCUGAAUGGACAGCCCUCAACGAAAUCCUAGCUCGGAAAGCCAAAAUUGUAGAGGACCAAACUGAUGCAUUGCGUGCCAAGAUAACUGCAGAGGACAGGGUAGUAGGUGAAAAGAUUGCAGAGAUCACAGGCCAGUGGAACGAAGAAAAGCCUGUUUCUGGUACCAUUGCUCCUGAUGUGGCGUCUGCAACUCUUACAUCUUUCGAAAGUCGUAUUACGAAAUUGCACGAGGAGUCAGAAAUGGUUGCUCGUGCAAAAGAGGCUUUAGAUCUUCCAGCAACUGCAGAUACAGCACUUGUGGCUAUUCUUGAAGAAGUUCAAGACUUCAAGUCUGUGUGGGCUGCCUUGUCCACAAUUUGGAAAAGCCUAAAUGACCUCCGCGAUAUGCUGUGGACAAGUGUUCAGCCACGAAAACUACGAUCUGCAAUUGAUGGUCUCAUCAAAAUGACCAAAGAAAUGCCCAGCCGCAUGAGACAAUAUGCUGCAUUUGAGCAUAUCCAAAAUGUUCUUCGACAAUUUUUGAAGGUUAAUCCCGUGGUUACAGAUUUGAAAUCUGAGGCUGUUAGAGACCGUCAUUGGAAUAAGAUCUUCAAGAAUUUGAAGCCUGGAAAGCGUUAUUCGCCAAUAUCUAUGACUUUAGGAGAAGUUUGGGAUCUGAAUCUUGUCGCCACGGAGAAGAUUAUCCGGGACAUCAUCGCACAGGCCCAAGGUGAAAUGGCUUUGGAAGAGUUUUUGAAACAGGUUCGCGAAGAUUGGUCAAAUUACUCACUAGAUCUUGUGAAUUAUCAGAACAAAUGCCGCCUUAUUCGUGGCUGGGACGAUCUGUUCGCAAAAUGUAGUGAAAAUCUGAACUCUUUACAGGCAAUGAGACACUCUCCAUAUUACAAGGAAUUCGAAGAGGAAGCUGCAUCAUGGGAAGAUAAGCUUAACCGUGUGCACGUACUUUUUGACGUAUGGAUUGACGUUCAGCGCCAAUGGGUCUACCUUGAAGGUGUUUUCACUGGAAAUGCAGAUAUCAAGCAUCUCUUACCAAUUGAGUCUUCAAGAUUUCAAAACAUCAACUCCGAAUUCUUCGCAGUAAUGAAAAAGGUCUACAAACAACCUUUUGUAUUGGACGUACUCAACAUAUCCGGCGUUCAAAAAUCAUUGGAACGUCUCGCAGAGCUUUUGAACAAGAUACAAAAAGCUCUUGGUGAGUACCUUGAGAGAGAGCGUGUCUCAUUUCCAAGAUUCUACUUCGUCGGUGAUGAGGACCUGCUUGAAAUUAUCGGUAAUAGCAACGAUACCUUGCGCAUAGCUAAACACUUCAAGAAAAUGUUUGCUGGCUUAUCUGGUUUGAUUAUGGAUGAAGAACAUGUUAUUUCAGGAUUUACUUCAAAAGAGGGUGAAGAAGUUCGACUGAAGAAGGAGAUCUCUUUGAUCAAGACGCCAAAAAUCAAUGACUGGUUGACCCUUCUUGAAAAUAGCAUGAAGUCAACUCUUGCGGAGUUGCUUGCGGAGGCUGUUGAACAGUACGAGGCAAUCUUCACUGCUGAUGACGUAGACCAAGAAGCUUUGAACCAAUAUAUCUCAGCAUUCCCUAGUCAAAUAGUUGUAUUAGGUACGCAAGCUGUUUGGACGUCAUGUGUAGAGAAGGCUCUUGAAAAUGAGGGUGCCGACCUGCAAAAGUUAUUCGACCAGGAAGUUAAAGUACUCCGCCUCCUUGCAUCCACUGUUUUAGGUGAUCUAGAUCCCAUUCAGAGAAAACGAUGCGAGCACCUCAUCACUGAGUGUGUCCACCAACGAGAUGUCAUUGAAAAGCUACGUAACCUUAAUGCAAGCACACCUAAUCAUUACAUGUGGCUUCUGCAAAUGAGGUAUGUCUACAAGCCCGAGGGCGACUUUCUGCAACGUCUUUACAUCAAAAUGGCGAAUGCGAAGCUCAAUUAUGGCUUUGAAUACCUUGGUGUGGCAGAGCGUCUUGUCAGGACACCACUGACGGAUCGAUGUUUCUUGACACUCACGCAAGCUCUUUGUCAACGUCUCGGUGGCUCCCCUUAUGGUCCAGCAGGUACAGGAAAGACGGAGUCCGUCAAAGCUCUAGGUGUUCAGCUAGGUCGUUUUACCCUUGUAUUCUGUUGUGAUGACACUUUUGACUUCCAGGCCAUGGGUCGCAUUUUCCUUGGUCUUUGUCAAGUUGGUGCUUGGGGUUGUUUUGAUGAGUUCAAUCGACUUGAGGAACGUAUCUUAUCCGCCGUGUCUCAACAAGUCCAGAACAUCCAACUCGGGUUGAAGCAAGGCGCGGAGGAUGAGAAAUCUCAAAUUGAACUGGUUGGUAGACAAUUACAUGUGAAUUCAAACACCGGACUUUUCAUCACGAUGAACCCAGGUUAUGCUGGUCGAUCUAACUUGCCAGAUAAUUUGAAGAAAUUAUUCCGAAGUGUUGCCAUGUCUAAACCUGACAAAGAGCUUAUCGCCGAAGUCAUGUUGUACUCGCAAGGAUUCAAUCAAGCUAAACAGCUUUCCAAGCAAACAGUACCGUUUUUCGAUAGCUGCGCAGCUCGACUGUCCAAACAAGCCCACUACGACUUUGGGUUGCGUGCCUUGAAGAGUGUGCUUGUUAGCUCUGGUGGUCUCAAACGUGCUCGCCUAACCAAUUCCGAUGGUAACCUCGGGCCUGAAGAGGAAGUAGAACCACAGAUUAUUGUCCAGAGUCUCCGCGAGACAAUUGCACCUAAGUUGAUCAAGAGCGACGUGGAGAUUAUGAGAGCCAUCGAAGCAGAGUCAUUCCCUGGCGUUGAUUAUAUUCCGGCUAGCUUAGACGACCUUAAGAAUGCUAUCAAGAGCCUCGCGAAAGAAAAGCAUUUGGUAGUCAAUGAUACCUGGAUGACUAAAAUUCUUCAGCUCUACCAAAUUCAAGGCAUUCAUCAUGGUGUUAUGAUGGUCGGAAAUUCUGGUUCUGGAAAGUCGGUAGCUUGGAAGGUCCUCUUACAAGCCUUACAGCAAGUUGAGGGAGUUGAAGGUGUUUGUCAUAUCAUAGACUCGAAAGUCAUGUCGAAAGAAGCACUUUACGGUAAUCUCGACUCAACCACUCGUGAAUGGACCGAUGGUCUAUUCACAAGCAUUCUUCGUAAGAUUGUGGAUAAUCUACGUGGUGAAGAGUCAAAGAGACACUGGAUUGUUUUUGAUGGUGAUGUAGAUCCUGAAUGGGUAGAGAACUUGAACAGUGUUCUGGAUGACAACAAACUCCUCACCUUACCUAAUGGUGAACGUCUCAAUCUCCCCGGAAACGUCAGAAUUAUGUUCGAAGUUGAAACCUUGAAGUACGCUACGCUGGCAACUGUGAGUCGUUGUGGUAUGGUUUGGUUCAGUGAGGAUACUGUUACUCCAAACAUGAUGGUUUCGAAUUACUUGGAAAAACUGAGGUCGGAUGCGUUCGAGGAUUUAGACGAAGAUGCUGUGGCAACAGGACAGAGUGCUGCCCAAGCACUGGAAAUUCAAUCUCAUGUGGCGGAUCUUCUUCAAACAUUCCUUACUACUGAAGAUUUUAUUAUUAAUGCCUUGGAACGUGCUGAAGGAUUCAACCACAUUAUGGACUACACUAUAUCUCGUGUUCUAAAUACACUUUUCUCGCUACUAAACAAGGCUGUCCGAGACAUCAUCGAGUACAACUCUCAACAUGUCGACUUCCCACUUGAUCCAGAUCAAAUCGAAUCCUUCAUCGCCAAAAAGCUUCUUCUCGCCCUCGUAUGGUCGUUGACUGGUGAUUGUCCAUUAGGAGAUCGUAAGAGCUUCGGAGAUUGUCUAGCUGGACUGGCCACAUUUGGCAACCCCAUACUAGGCGAUAACUCUUCUCUAAUCGAUUUUGAUGUGACCCUACCCCAAGCCGAAUGGUCUUCAUGGCAAAAUCAAGUACCCAGUAUCGAGGUUAAUACGCACUCCAUUACGCAAACCGAUGUGGUUAUUCCUACGCUCGACACUGUGCGUCAUGAAGAUGUUUUAUACUCUUGGCUAGCAGAGCAUAAGCCUUUGCUUUUGUGUGGUCCUCCUGGUUCCGGAAAAACUAUGACUCUCUUCAGUGCUCUACGCAAACUUCCUAACAUGGAAGUCGUUGGACUGAAUUUCUCUAGUGCGACCACACCAGAUUUGUUAAUCAAGACAUUUGAGCAAUAUUGUGAGUACAAGAAGACAGUUAACGGGGUUAUGCUCUCUCCUACUCAAAUUGGUCGCUGGCUUGUGAUAUUCUGUGACGAAAUCAAUUUGCCUGCCCCAGACAAGUAUGGUACGCAGAGAGCCAUUUCUUUCUUGCGUCAGCUAGUGGAACAGAACGGGUUCUGGCGAACAUCCGAUAAGACCUGGGUUACACUUGACCGCAUCCAAUUUGUCGGUGCUUGUAAUCCUCCAACAGAUGCUGGUCGAACACCCAUGGGAGAUCGUUUCUUGCGACAUGCACCGCUCAUCAUGGUUGAUUAUCCAGGAGAACUGUCUCUGCAACAGAUUUACGGCACUUUCAAUAGCGCUGUUCUCAAGAUUAUUCCCGCUUUGAGAGGUUACUCCGAAGCAUUGACGAAAGCUAUGGUCAGGUUUUACACUGAAUCACAGAAACGCUUCACACCUAAAAUUCAACCUCAUUACGUGUACAGUCCUCGUGAGCUUACCCGAUGGGUUCGCGGUAUCUAUGAAGCCAUUCGACCACUUGAGGCGCUCAGCAUUGAAGGUUUGGUCAGAAUAUGGGCUCAUGAAGCUCUGAGAUUAUUUCAAGAUCGUCUCGUAGCUGAAGAUGAGCGUAAAUGGACCGAUGAGGCCGUGCAUCGUAUUGCAACUGAUUUCUUUCCUACUAUCGAUGAAGAAAAGGCUCUUAGUGGACCAAUUUUAUUCUCCAACUGGCUCUCGAAGAAUUAUGUUCCAGUCGACAGAGAACAAUUGAGAGAUUUCGUCAAGGCUCGUUUGAAGACUUUCUGUGAAGAAGAAGUUGAUGUCCCACUUAUUCUGUUCAACGAUGUUCUAGAGCACGUGCUUCGCAUUGAUCGUGUAUUCAGACAACCGCAAGGUCAUUUGAUUCUUAUUGGAGUCAGUGGAAGUGGUAAAACAACACUAUCUCGAUUUGUUGCCUGGAUGAAUGGUCUCAGAGUCUUUCAAAUUAAGGUUCAUGGUAAAUAUUCUGCCGAAGACUUUGAUGACGAUCUACGUGAUGUCUUACGUCGAUGUGGAUGCAAGGGAGAGAAAAUAUGUUUCAUUAUGGACGAAUCAAACGUUUUGGACUCUGGAUUCUUGGAGAGAAUGAACACUCUAUUGGCAAAUGCUGAAGUUCCCGGUCUUUUCGAAGGCGAUGAAUUUGCAUCGUUGAUGACUGCAUGCAAAGAAGGUGCUCAACGUCAAGGACUUCUACUCGAUUCACAGGAAGAACUUUACAAAUGGUUCACUGGACAAAUUGUGAAGAAUCUGCACGUUGUUUUCACCAUGAAUCCUCCUGAAGAUGGCUUAUCUUCUAAGGCUGCAACCAGUCCUGCCCUCUUCAAUCGUUGCGUACUGAAUUGGUUUGGAGAUUGGUCUGAUCAAGCAUUAUUCCAAGUAGGCACAGAAUUAACUCAAUCCGUUGACCUCGAUCGACCAAACUUCACCGCUCCAGACAGCAUUCCCGUGGCAUAUCGAGAUCUUAGCCUGCCAGCAAACCAUAGAGAGACGAUAAUCAAUGCAAUGGUAUACAUCCAUUACUCACUACAACGUUUCAACGUCAAAUUGUUGAGGCAGCAAGGCAAGGUAACAUUCCUCACACCUAGACACUUCUUGGACUUCGUGGCCCAAUACGUCAAACUCUACACGGAGAAGCGUGAUGACCUCGAGGAGCAGCAAAGACAUUUAAACGUCGGUCUGGAAAAGCUUAGAGAUACUGUCGACAAAGUACGUGAUCUUAGGGUCAGCUUGGCAGAUAAGAAGGGUCAAUUGGAACGUAAAGAUGCAGAAGCCAACGAAAAGUUACAGCGCAUGGUAGCGGAUCAAAGAGAGGCGGAGCAACGUAAAACAACUUCACUCGAAAUUCAAGCCGCUCUCGAAAUACAAGAAAAAGAAGUCGCCGAACGUCGCGAGGUUGUACUCAACGAUUUGGCCAAUGCCGAACCUGCUGUUAUUGAAGCUCAAAAGAGUGUUAGCAACAUCAAACGACAACAUUUGACUGAGGUCCGUUCCAUGGGUAACCCGCCUCAGGGUGUCAAGCUUGCUCUGGACUCGGUCUGUACUCUUCUCGGUCAUAAGAUUGAGAGUUGGAAGACAGUGCAGGGUAUUAUCAGAAAAGAUGACUUUAUUGCCAGCAUUGUCAACUAUGACAACGAGAGACAGAUGACGAAGAAUCUUCGUAUAAAGAUGCGCAACGAAUUUCUUUCAAAUGAUGACUUUACUUAUGAAAAGGUCAAUCGUGCCAGUAAAGCUUGCGGACCGCUUGUUCAAUGGGUUCAGGCUCAAGUCAACUAUUCUGAGAUUCUCGAUCGUGUUGGACCACUAAGAGAGGAAGUUGGACUGCUCGAGGAGCAAGCUCUACAAACCAAAGCCGAGGCCCAAGCCAUUGAAAAUACUAUAAACACUUUGGAGCAGAGUAUUGCGACUUACAAGAUAGAAUAUGCAGCUCUUAUCAGUGAAACACAAGCUAUCAAGUCUGAGAUGUCAAAGGUUCAAUUCAAGGUUGAUCGAAGUGUUCGACUACUUGACAGUCUUUCAUCUGAACGAACACGUUGGGAAGAGGGUAGCAAGUCAUUCGAGACGCAAAUUAGUACCCUUGUAGGUGAUGUCCUUGUCGCGGCCGCUUUCCUUGCAUACAGUGGUCUUUAUGAUCAGCAAUACCGAAAGAACAUGAUGGAAGACUGGCUACAUCAACUCCAUUUAUCCGGAAUCAGUUACAAACAACAUAAUCCAGUCACUGAAUAUCUCUCAAGUGCCGAUGAGCGACUGGGAUGGCAACAAGACACUCUACCAGUGGAUGACCUCUGCACCGAAAACGCUAUCAUAUUGAAACGAUUCAAUAGAUAUCCAUUGAUUAUUGAUCCUUCUGGUCGUGCUACAGAAUUCUUACAAAAGCAGAGCAAGGACAGAAAGCUUACAGUCACAAGUUUCUUGGAUGAUUCGUUUACCAAACAAUUAGAAAGUUCCCUCCGUUUCGGAAACCCUAUUCUCAUCCAAGAUGCUGAAUAUCUGGAUCCAAUCCUUAACCACGUUCUUAACAAAGAGUAUCAAAAGACUGGUGGACGUGUUCUCAUUCAGCUUGGUAAGCAAGAAAUUGACUUUUCGCCCGCAUUUAAGAUCUACCUUUCUACUAGAGAUCCAUCUGCAACAUUCGCACCGGAUAUUUGCAGUCGAACAACAUUUGUCAAUUUCACUGUCACACAAAGCAGUUUACAAACACAGUCACUGAAUGAUGUCCUCAAAUCUGAACGACCUGAUGUGGAUGAGAGGCGCUCAAAUCUCAUCAAAUUACAGGGCGAAUUCAAAGUUCAUCUCAGACAGCUCGAGAAACGCUUGUUGCAAGCAUUGAACGAAUCACGUGGCAACAUUCUCGAUGAUGAUAACGUCAUUGAAACUCUCGAAACUUUGAAGAAGGAAGCGGCUGAGAUUUCGGUGAAGAUGGGUAACACUGAAGGUGUAAUGGCUGAGGUCGAUGAGAUCACACUUCAGUACAAUAUCAUCGCACGCUCUUGCAGUGCUAUUUUCGCCGUUCUUGAACAGUUACACUACCUCAAUCACUUCUAUCAAUUCUCUCUACAGUACUUCCUCGACAUCUUUCACUCUGUUCUGAAGGGUAAUAAGCGACUAGAGUCAGAGACAAACCACGAUAGACGUCGCGAUAUAAUUGUGGAAGACUUGUUCGUCACCGCCUACCAGCGUACAUCCCUCGGUUUGCUACAAAAAGACAAGAUAACCUUAGCAAUGCUUCUCGCUCAAGCAGCUCCGUACAAGAUGGAUAAGAGUCUUAUUGAUGUUAUUCUGGAUGAAUCUGUGGCAGGUACCGAUGUAUCUACGGAUGGUGAUAAGAAGGAUGAAGUUAUGAGCCAUGCAAUCAAACUUUCCGCUUUCAAGGGCAAACUUGAGGGUGUUUCUUCUGAGUCUUGGGAUCGUUUCUUAUCCGAAGAAUUGGCAGAGAAUUUCGUUCCUCAAGUCUGGGAUGACAAUGUUGAAAAGAGAGACCGAGAGCUUAUUUCUUUGUUACUUAUCAAGCUUUUCCGUCUUGAUCGAUUUGUUCCCGCCGCUGAACGAUUCGUCACUGCUGUAUUUGGUUUAGGUCUUCUUGAUGUCACUGAGGAUCUAAAGCAAAUUGUCGAGCAAGUAUCCGCAAGUCGUCCUGUUGCGCUCUGCUCAAGUCCUGGUUUUGAUGCAAGUUACAAAGUCGAAAACCUCGUGGAACGAUCACAAGCUGCUUGUACCAACAUUGCUAUGGGUUCGAAUGAAGGUCUGGCCACUGCUGAUAAGGCUAUUAGUAAUGCAGCCGCCAAUGGAUCUUGGGUUCUAGUCAAGAACGUUCAUUUGGCACCAACCUGGCUACAGAGUCUAGAAAAACGCAUGGAUUCACUUAAGCCUCAUGCAAACUUUAGGUUGUUUUUGUCAAUGGAAUCAAGCCCUAAAAUCCCUGUCAAUUUAUUGCGGGCAUCUAGGGUGUUGAUGUACGAACAACCAGCUGGUGUAAGAGCUAACAUGAAGGACUCCAUGGCAUCACUCUCUACCAGAGGUACCAAAACUCCCGUGGAGAGAACAAGAUUGUAUCUUCUCUUAUCAUUCUUACAUGCUGUUGUACAAGAACGUUUGCGAUACGCUCCUAGCCUUGGAUGGAACGGUUUUUGGGAAUUCAAUGACAGUGAUGUAAGUAUUACCAGUUUUUCAUCUUUGGAAAAAUAUACUAACCAAUCAUAGUAUGAAUGUUCCGCGUAUAUCAUCGACACCUGGGUGGAAAUAGUUGCUGCGGGACGAUCGAACGUGGCUCCACAGAAUCUCCCUUGGGAUAUGCUUCGCACACUGAUUGUAGAGACAUACGGUGGUAAAAUUGAUGAUGAAGAAGAUUUUUCCCUUCUUAGAAAACUCGUCAACUCUUUCAUGACCCCCGCUGCCUAUGAUAUCGGCCAUAAAUUGGUUGAAGGUGUUGCUGGUGAUGAAUCAGAAACUGGAAACUUGAUCGUGCCAAGCGGAACCACUAUGAAAGAUUUCACAGAUUGGGUUAAGAAGUUACCCGAACGUGAACCUCCCACUUAUUUGGGAUUGCCAGCUAAUGCCGAGAAAUUGUUGCUGGUGGGACAAGGCCGCAGCAUGAUUCAGAAUCUGGGUAAGAUUACCGAAAUGUUAGAUGAGGGUGAACAGAUCAUGGCGGAGGCUGCUUGAUAGAUUAAGUUUAAUGUGAAGGAAAUGAGAAUGUUAGAUUUCAUUUGUUAUAGGAUUGGAGAUAGAAAGACAAGAUUGAGAGGCUCUGUGGAUGAAUUUUCCUUUGUGAAUUGUAGAUUUUAUUGGAGGAUGGAUAUCUGAUGAUGUUUGUUCAUGGCAUAGCACAGCAUAGCUUGCAGGAUGAAAGAUUGAAGAAUAUAUGGGUAGUGCGGUACUUUGUGGUUAUACACUAUACCCUAAUUAUGUAUGCGUAGAUCACAAGAAUAUUUUCUGUCGAGUGUAGCUUUAGAUCAUAGUUAUGGAAUUCAUAUGUUCAUG